AUGCAAAAGGCAAUGAAAAGCGCAGAAUAUAUAAAAGCUAACAAUGACUGGUUAGAUGCCCAAGCCAACGCCAAAGCAGCCCAACUCAUAGGGUCAAUAAGGACAAAAAUACAAGCGGAUGAAGACAGUUCAAAUGAAGCUUUAACAAAUGCUGACUUUAAGAACGCCUUCGAAGCUCUUCAUAGUAAGGUGAAACAAGUGAACGACUUCUCAUCUGGAAAGAAACUGAAGUCUGAAGGUUUCGACAAAGAGUUAAAAGAAGUAGCACAAAAUAUGACGAAAAUAACAGAUGCAGCAACGAGACAGGUAGUUCAAAGUGCCUAUGACGCCGUUAGAGCAACUGUUGUGGAAAGUCAAGAAAAAGAGUUACAACAGACCAAAACAGACCUAGUAAAUGCUUUCUUAAGAACGAAAAGUCAGGUAGGACAUUACGCUGCAGAUGGAACAUAUGUGCCAGCUGGUGGAACUUAUAUACCAGCUGUUGGAAUUUAUAUACCACCAAACCCUCCAAGAGAAGCACCUGCACCAGGACUACCUAAAACAUUUACAUCGUCACAUGGACACAGACAUAGGCAUGCACCAAAACCAACACAACAACCAACACAACAACCAACACAACAACCACCUCCACAACCAGCACCACAACCAACAGUUCAAAACCCUGCACAACAACAACAACAACCACAAACAGAGCAAGGACAUAAAAGAAGUAGAGAACAAGGAAACCAAGAAUUCUUAAAAAGGCUUAAGGAAGACUAUGGUUACCCAGAUAGUAUUGACUUUAGUGACAGAUAUAAAGAAGCUAUUAGAAAGUUCAAGGAUGGAAAUACUGACCCGAACCUAUUUAGCUUUAUGGUUCAGCAUAAAAUCGGAUAUAAUUUCAAACCUGGAAAAUACAAGCUCGCUAAGGGAUAUGAUUUAAUAGCAUAUCAUCCAAAUGACAUGGAUGAAUUUACUCCGAGAUAUUUGAUGUCAGAGCUAAAUGACAAUUCAACUCCCGUCAUGAAACGCGUAAAAAAUAGAGACGGAACGAAAGAAGAAAGGUUUAUGAGUCCGGAUGACUUAGAAAGGGAAGUUGUUAAAAACGUCUCGGAAUAUAUGAAAUGCCAGCAGAUGAGGUACAAGAAACUCCACAGG